AUGAGUUGGACGAAUUCCUCGUCGCCGUCGCCAUCGCUGACAACGACUACGACAGCAACUUCUGGCAGGGGUGUUCCAGUCACGCCAGCGAUGGCCGGCUCACGGUUCUUCCCAAAGUCUUCUGCCACAAGUAAUAUCUUAUCACCCACCUUUCCGAGUCAGAUCAACUCAGGGGAUCCUGUCCGUGCGUCGGUCGCACAUCUCCUCGUUCGGGCGUACACCCUUCCAUGCUCGACCGCGGCCCAGGCAUUCUCGCAACUUGUCCAGCCAACUGCUCGGUUUCAGCUGGCCCUCGAUGCAUUACUUCCCCUUCUCAAUUCUUCCGUCGAGCUCGCUCAACGGAUUUUGGUCUCGUUUAUUUUGUAUUCUAUGUACGCUCCUUACCCGAUUUCACUCAACCCUUUCAAGUCCGCUCUGUAUGCCACGUUCGUCAAGGAGAGAGGUCACGCUACCCAAGUUGCCACCGAGGGUGGUUUUAGUGAGAAUGAACAAUUGGUUUGGGUCCUUUGGAAAAUCUUGAAAGGCGAUGGAAAUGAUAUCGGACCUUAUUCUCCUAGCACGUUGACCAGGUCUCCGCUGCUUCCUGAACUUAGAGCGUCCAAUCUCUUUUUGGAAGAGGAAAGCUCUUUGGACUCAAAUCUAACUGAAGCGGGUAUUUCCGAUCUUCCCCAACAGGGUACCACCCAAGAAGCCCGGAUUCUUGAUCUUAAGGGCUCUUCUGCGGGCCAAUCAUUGACCGUAAACGCCGAGUUACAUGUCUCUCCUGAGGAAGACGAACAGAAUGAACGCAUUGCCCACGGAAUGAAGCUACUUUUAGCUGCUCGUGAUCGGACACUUACCCUCACGGAACAAAGGAUCCUGACCCCCUUGAUACCCAGUUUGACGUCACCCCCUGUGAUCACAUCCAUGGACCUGCCUCCUAUUGUCGCUCAUAAUCCUAACAUAGCCUAUCAACUUGUUUUGGCAUUGCUGACAUCCAACCCGCUUAAUGCCCAGCCUCAUGGCCCUUCUGCAUACAUAGACGCUUUAAAGCAACUUCCUCCCACUUUGCCUUCCUUUGACCUGCUGGUCCGACUUCUGCAGGAUACGACGAUCUUGAUUGACUCCUCUACUGGUGGGAAGACGACCGUCGCUGACGUAAUCUAUACGGAAGUACUCGGUCGUUUCAUCCACGAGAGUAUAAAAUGGCUCGAAAAUGCCGAACGCGAAGAGCGCGAAGGACUCAUCAGCGAUGAUCGGUUCGCGAAGGGUGUUCAAAAUUUCUGCCGCUUUUACGCAUCUCUCAUCCGGCUGUCUGUCGUGGACACGACGUCGGACGCGGACACCACCGAAAUGAUCCAUUUUACACUGCGUAACGCUAGGUUCGAGGAAGCCAACACUCUCUACCGCAUCUUGGCCGCUGGAAGGUUCUGAACGAACCUUUUCCACUUGUUUCUUUAUACAACCCCAUUUUUUUUCGCCCUCAGCAUUCAACAUCAUAUGCAUCCAUUCAUCCAUAGAAACUUCUCUGACCACGACCGGCACGAUGUCUCAUCCUUUCUGCACGUCAAUUAGGGGUCUAUAUCUGAAAGUCCAUGUUGAUUCCAUCCAUGCCUUUCACAUUAUCGUGUAUGUAGUUACUUAUAUGUAUGCAAGAAACUUAUGGUCUCUUUUGGUGUAUGUCGUUAUGGCCCACUUUUAUCGUAACACGUCUUUCCGUCUGUACAAAUGUGUUUAUGGCUUGUUCUCAUUCAAAAUUCUAUGUUCUAGCUCGCCACUUAUAUAUGGCG